CGCCUCGACGAAGCGGGGCCCUCGACGGGGUCGCGGCGAUGGCGUAAAGGACACGAGACGCCAUCGAGGCGACGGUGACCCGUAACCGCGGACGCCGGUCGCGUUACGAGGCUGAGCAGGAUCAGCAUCAGGACGCCGCACGCCGCGGUCAGUCCUAAAUCGAUGAACUGCGGUAUGCGCUUGUCGGGCGAGUACUGGUUCGGUAGGGACGACGGGCUCGGCGUAACUUGUGCUGUGGUGAGGGUCACCAAAGAGAUGAGGAGGCCGGCGGCG